AAAAAAAAAGGAUCACAAAAGCCACACACAUAACAAGAUCAUAUGCCUCACAUCUUAUACCCUUAAAAGUGUAUAGUGCUAUAUGAUCUCAACUUAUCCAUAAAAAGCAGAACUGAAGAGCAGUGCAGUCUAAACAAACUACUACAUUAAUACAGGGUUAUAAUGUUUGAAAGUGAGAGAUCAGAUUCACCUGACGCUAUUUAUAUCAAUGUGGAUUCUGCAAGACGUCUUGAUCUGAGAAUCACAGAGAAACAGCAGCCACUUCAACACACAGAAAAUGUCUCAGUGAAGAACAGAAAGCACAGAGCAGCCGGAGUGUGUUUGUGUCUGGUGUGUUUUCUUCUGCUGACUGCUGUAAUAGUGCUGUGUGUGUGUUACACCUCUGAGAGAAAGCAGUUGCUAACUCAGAUCAGUAACCUGACUGAAGAAAGAGUGCAGAUAAUGGAACGCAACAAAAACCUGACUGAAGAAAGAGUGCAGAUAAUGGAAUGCAACAAUAACCUGACUGAAGAAAGCAAGCAGUUAAUGAAUGACAAGAACCGACUGGAUAGUUGGCUUUAUAAACAAGAUCAGCAAGGGGAACCCUUGAAAUGGAUUUACUACAACUUCAGUUUUUAUUAUAUUUCAUCUGAGAAGAAAAGCUGGAGUGACAGCAGGAGAGACUGUCAACAGAGAGGAGCAGAUCUGGUGAUCAUAAAAGAAGCCAGUGAAAAAAAGUUUUUGCUGAAAGUUGUUGAGAAAAAUUAUUUUUGGAUUGGUCUGAUAAACACAGAGAGUGGGUGGAUUUGGAUUGAUGACACCAAAACGCCAACUGGGUCUGGGACCGCCAACUGUGCUGCAUUUAGAGUAUCAGAUAAUUAUAGAUUUCAUUGUGAUACUACACACCGAUGGAUCUGUGAGAGACCUUUGAAGAAUUAAUAAAUUACUCAUUGUGAAACAAAUGUGUAAAUAUUGUAAACUAAAUGCAUAAAGGAUUUUAAACAGCUGCACUUAUGCUUAGUAUUUGUUAGUCAUGAAAAUUGUGCUUAAGUAACUUCUCUUUUCACGUUUUACCAUCAAUUUCAACUUAGCAAUUUGG